UAGCGUUUAAAUAUCUCUGCUGCAAAUCGUUAUUUCUUUUGUUUUGCUCACUCUUUCUCCGAGGAGGCAGCCCUCUUUCCUUCCCCGCCUCUAAUCAUCUCUCUCUCUCGCGCUCUCUCCCUCCCCUGUAGAGCCUCUGCAAAAACCCAUGGACAGUUAGGGAGUUUUGUUAGAGUUUUAGUUACUUGAAGGUUCGUUGCUGUCUUUGCUGAUUUAACACUCUCUGGAUCUGAGUUUGGGGAGCUAUGGAUAUUCGGAAGAGAAACAGGACAGACUCCAAUCUCAACGCCAAUGGCGGCUUCAAGAAAUCUAAGCCAGAAAUGGACUCCUUAUCAAGUGGUAUAGGAAGCAAAUCGAAGCCUUGCACGAAGUUUUUCAGCACUGCUGGCUGCCCAUUUGGUGAGAGCUGCCAUUUCCUUCACCAUGUACCUGGUGGCUAUAAUGCUGUUGCCCAGAUGAUGAAUCUGCCUCCUGCCCCAGGCCCACGAGGUGCAGCAGCACCGACAUCUGUACCAAAUGGUGCUGGUUCAGCAACAGUUAAAACCAAAAUUUGCAACAAAUAUAAUACUGCCGAAGGAUGCAAGUUUGGCGAUAAGUGUCAUUUUGCUCACGGUGAUUGGGAGCUUGGCAAGCCUAUUGCGCCAUCACCACCUCACACAAUGAGUGCAAUUCCUGGACGAUUUGGUGGCCGCAUGGAGCCAGUUGUACCUGGACCUGCUGCUAGUUUUGGUGCUUCAGCGACAGCCAAAAUUAGUGUGGAAGCUUCCCUAGCUGGAGCCAUCAUUGGGAAGAGUGGGGUGAACUCCAAGCAGAUUUGUCGUCAGACAGGCGUUAAGUUAGCUAUUCGAGAGCACGACAGUAAUCCAAAUCUGAGGAACAUUGAGCUCGAAGGUACAUUUGAACAAAUCCAGCAGGCAAGUGCAAUGGUAAGAGAGCUUAUUGCCAGCCUUGGACCAGUAGGUGGCCCAGGAAGGGCACCUGCGAUUCCUGGAGGCCCUGCCCCUCCAGGGAGCAACUACAAGACCAAACUCUGUGAGAAUUUUGCGAAAGGUUCCUGCACCUUUGCGGAGAGGUGUCAUUUUGCACAUGGAGCAGCUGAGUUGCGCAAAUCUGGAGUUUGAGAAUUUUUCAUUCAGUCUAGUUGAUAUCCUUUCUCCUGAGUUUGAGUUGUUCGUAUGUAGCAUCUUCCUAGAUUUGCGAGCUAAACCAAUAUGGGUUAAACAACAAAUUUUCUCAGCAGUUUUUCUCCUAGGAAUUUGAGCUAUCUGGUUUUCGAUGCUUUAGCUACUAUAAUUGUUUUACUAUAUAUCUGAUAGAUACUAUUGAAAGUA